CUCCCCUGAAGCCCCAUGAAGCCGCUGGGGCUGCCGUGGCUCUGGCUGCUCUGGGGCUGCAGCUGCGGCCUGGGCUCGGCUCACCCCGGGCUCCCCAGGGGAGCCUUCCCGGGAGCAGCAGCUGCGGCGAACGGCAGCCACUCCGGCCACGUCCCCCCGCAGCGCAGCGAGAAGGGCUCUGCAGCCUUCCGGGAAAGUCUUAGAAGACAUCGCUACUUGAAUUCAUUUUCAUCCAGUGACAAUUCUUCUGCUGUCUAUGGAAUAAAUCAGUUUUCUCAUUUGUUUCCUGAAGAGUUUAAAGCUAUCUAUUUGAGAAGCAAAUCCUCUGAACUUCCAUUAUGUAAUAAAGAAGUAAAGAUGCCAACCGCACACAUGCCUUUGCCAAUAAGAUUUGACUGGAGGGAUAAGCAUGUUGUAACAAAAGUAAGAAACCAACAGAUGUGUGGAGGAUGUUGGGCGUUCAGUGUCGUGGGUGGAAUUGAAUCUGCUUAUGCAAUCAAAGGGGAGUCUUUGGAAGACUUGAGUGUCCAACAAGUCAUUGAUUGUUCAUACAACAAUUUUGGCUGCAGUGGUGGUUCUACUGUUAAUGCCUUGAACUGGCUAAAUAAGACUCAUGUAAGACUGGUGAAAGAUUCAGAAUACUCUUUUAAAGCUCAGACUGGAUUAUGUCAUUACUUUUCUGGAUCACAUGCUGGUGUUUCCAUCAAAGAUUACUCUUCCUAUGACUUCAGUGAUAAAGAGGAUGAAAUGGCCAAAGCACUCCUUGCCUAUGGCCCUUUAGCUGUGAUAGUGGAUGCAGUGAGCUGGCAAGAUUAUCUAGGAGGAAUAAUCCAGCAUCACUGUUCCAGUGGAGAAGCCAAUCACGCUGUUCUCAUAACUGGUUUUGACAAAACAGGAAACACUCCUUAUUGGAUAGUACGGAAUUCAUGGGGUACUUCCUGGGGAGUAGAUGGUUACGCCUUUGUUAAAAUGGGAGCUAAUAUUUGUGGUAUCGCAGAUUCGGUAUCUGCUGUGUUUGUGUGAUACCUGGGAGGAACACAAAAAUGAAAUCCUCACAACCAAACAUUUUUGUCUUCAGAAACCCUCAUC